AUGAAUUUUGCAAAAUCAGCCAUCCCGUUAUUCAAACGUUCGCAGGAGGUUUAUUUCGAUUAUCCGAUUAAUGAUAGAGAAAUAAAAGGGAUCGCCAUUAUCGAUCUAGACGAUGGCAUGGCUGAGCCAUCUAUAACUAGCGGUGGUCUUGGAUUUAGUUUUGCAAAGGUCAAGCUGAAGAGUGAAAGAGGUUCUGGAUACAAUUUCCGUAUUGAAAUUUACGCAUAG